AUGUCAUCAUCAUCGUGUACUAAUAGUAUUGCAACAAGUGUUGGUAUUCCACAAGGAUUAGCAUUUGGUAUUAUAUUACAAAAGAGUAGAAUGUCAGCACCUGAAAAUAUUAAAAAUCAAAUGUAUUUAAAAGAUUGGACAAUGAUGAAAACAUUUUUAUCAGCCAGUGGUACUUCAACCAUUUCAUUAGGUUUAUUAAAUUUAUUUAAUUUAGCUACUUUAGCUCCUUUUAAUAUUAAUUGGAGAGGUAAUAUUAUUGGUGGUUUAAUUAUGGGUACUGGUUUAACUUUGGGUGGUGCUUGUCCUGGUACUGUAUUGGCACAAAUUGGAGAAGGAGUAACAUCAUCACCAUAUACAUUAUUAGGUGGAUUAUUAGGAGCUAUUAGUUAUGGAUCAAUUAUUAAUAUUCCAUCAAUUCAAGGAAUUUUACAAUCUAAAGAAGUAUCAGGAUCAUUUAAUACUAUUAAUGGUUUAUUAAAUCAACCAAUGUGGAGUAUUGCUUUACCAUUUGGAAGUUGUUUAAUUGGUAUUGCUUUAUUAUUAGAAAAAUUAUUUCCAACUCCAAAAUAUCAAAGUAGUAAUAAUAAGAAUGAUAGAAAUUUAAUGAAAAUGAAACAAUGGAAUCCAAUUUUAAGUGGUAUUGCAUUGGGUUCACUUCAAAUUCCAGUUAAUUUAUUUGUCAAGACAUAUCUUGGUACUUCAUCUGCUUUUGUUACUGCUGCUUCAUUCUUAACAAGAUAUUUACCUGUAAAUCAAUCUUAUUUUGAUAAGUAUGCUUUAUCUGCUGGUCCAAAAUAUGUUUGGCAAUUAAUUUCUGAUAUUAGUAUUAUUACUGGUUCUUAUAUUUCUUCAAUUAUGGGAAAUACAAGAGUACAACCAAAGAAAUUGACAUUGAAUGAAAAAUUAAUGGCUAUUGCAUCUGGUUUCUUAUUACUUUUUGGUGCAAGAUGUGCCAAUGGUUGUACUUCUGGACAUGGUUUAUCUCAAAUGGCUAAUUUAAGUUUUGCUGGUUUAUUAACCAUUGCAAGUAUGAUGGCAAGUGGUAUUGGUUUGGGUGUUACUUUGAGUAAAUUACAAUCAUCCAAUAAGUAA